AUGCCACCACAUCUAUUCACCACGCACAACGCGCUGCUCGGCUUUCUGCUCUCGUUCGAUGCCGCCCUGCUCAUGCAGUGGUCACUAUACUUCCUCCCCAUCUACUUCCAGGGUGUGCUUCGCCGCUCCCCACUCACCUCGGGGGUCGAUCUCCUACCCUACAGUGCCUUCCUGAUCCCCUUCGCCAUGGUAGCCGGCGGCAUCAUGUCGCGCACAGGCAGCUAUCGACCCCUCCACGCGAUCGGAUUCGGUGCCCUCGCCGUCGCUUUCGGUCCGUUCAUCUUACUUGGCCCGACCUCAUCACACACCACCUGGGUUCUCGUCCAGAUCCCCGCCGCGCUAGGCCAGGGCUCCCUCGCCACCACCAUCCUACCCGCCAUCCAGGCUGCGUUAUCCCCCACCGACACAGCCCGCUCAACAGGCGUGUAUGCGUUUUAUCUUUAA